AUGCACGCCCCGACCAUGAUUACGCAUCUCGGCCGUGCCCUCACUCUGCUGCUAGCGUCGACUGCAGCCGCGGCAACAACGGCACAAAAACAACCAACCUACCAGCCCCUGCCGCCCUUGCGUGACCAGGCCGCUCUCGUGGACGCCUGGACCGCCGAGCGCCGCGCGCUGAUCCCGGGCCUGCUGGCCAAGCACGGCGUCGACGCCUGGCUGGUGUCGCAGCGCGAGUACGCCGAGGACACGGUGUUUUGGUCCCUCAAGCGCAAGGAGCAGUUUAGCGCCCGCCGGCGGACCCUGGAGCUGUUUCUCUCGUCGUCAUCGUCGUCGUCGUCGUCGACGGGGCAGCAGCAGCAGCAGCAGGAGCAGGGCCCAACUGAGAGGACGUCGUACACUUGGAUCGAAAACAGGCCAGACGUGCUCUUUGCCCAGCUGCGUGAGGUGCUGGAGCGGCACCGGCCGGCCAGGAUCGCCAUCAACGCGGCCGAGGAGGUCGCGUUCGCCUCGGGUCUGCACGCGGGCGAGCUCGAGACCUUCAGGCGGCACCUGAACGGGUCCGGGGAUGGCGGCGACGGCACGGCGUGGACGGACCGCUUCGUCACGGUGCCCAUGCUGGCUGUCGAGUACAUCGCCUCGACGGUCGAGGGCAGGACGGCCUGGUACCGCCGCCUGAUGGAGACGGCCUGGGCUCUCGUCAGCGAGGGGUUCAGCGCCGAGGUCGUCCGGCCCGGCGUCACCACCACGGCCGACCUCGAGUGGUGGUUCCGCGAGAAGACGCAGGCGCUGGGGUACUCGACCUGGUUCCACCCGGACGUCAGCAUCGUCGAAGAGGGGUUCGGCUUCUUGUCCCAAGACAACGGCGAAACGACUAGGGCCAACAAGGAAAAGGUCAUCAACUAUGGAGACUUGCUCCAUGUCGACUUUGGCGUCUCGGCGUUAGGGCUGAACACAGACACGCAGCACUUGGGAUACGUCCUCAGGCCCGGCGAGACGGAGCAUGACGUCCCCGCCAGCCUACGGGAGGGCCUGCGUAAGGCCAACAGGAUGCAAGACAUUGUGAGGCAGAACAUGAAGAUUGGGAGCACCGGAAACGACAUCCUGAAGAGCUCCCUGCAGCGCAUGAAGCAAGAAGGCAUUGCCGGCAAGGUCUACUGUCAUCCUAUCGGGGACUGGGGUCACUCCGCCGGUACUUUAAUAGGAAUGACCAAUUUACAAGACGGCGUCCCGAUCCUCGGCGACCUGCCUCUCCUGAAAAACACAUACUACAGCGUCGAGCUCCUGGCAGAGCACUGGAUCCCCGAACGCAACGCCACGCUCGUCUUUCCGCUCGAGGAAGACGUCUACUGGAACGACGAGACCAAAACUUGGGAUUGGGUCUACGGCAGGCAGGAGCGUUUCCAUCUCAUUGAAACUGCUGCCUCUGGUGGUUCGCUCCCAGGAUUUGGCGAGCUAUAG